UUAGAGGGCCAAAUGGAUUUAUUUUUCCGAACGAAGCCUGUACUGUGGUAUUCCAUCUCCGAGAAGAAACCCUUGUCGGUUCAAGCAAAGGGCAAGCCUCGUUCUGCUGUAGCCAGAGGAGGAUCGGAGAAAGGAACGGCUAGAGGAAAAUCGGAGGAGGGGGAGAUGGAUCCGAAAGCCUCGGCCAAGUCGAAGCGAUCUCAUACGCAGCACGGCCGAGCGAGCCACCCUUCGCCCUCUGCUAUCGCUCAAAGGAAGAAGCAAAGCAAGGAAAAGAAACUCGAGCAGUCCGCCGGAGGAGGAGACGGGGAGCUAAAGAGAACCCGCCGGCCCAGCCUCCCAUCGAAUUGGGACCGUUACGACGACGAGGACGAAGUGGUGGAGAGUGUUGGGAAUCCUUCCGCCACAGAGGUCGCGCCAAAGAGCAAAGGCGCCGACUUUGGAUACUUACUGGAACAGGCACGUUCGCAGCAGCAGGAGCGUGACAAACUUGCUGGCCUUGGCCUCCCAUUACCCUCAUCCUCAGAGGAGUUUCCCCUUGGUUUAUGGCAGGGGCUGAGCUCUAUUCUAUCUGUUAGAGGAGAGGGCCGUCUAUCUUUGUACAACGAUGAUAAUUUCAUCAUUGACGAUUCUGAGGACUCCUCAAUUAGUUCUGAGGUACCUUUUUUAUCAAUUGAUUUGCAUGCAAUCGAUGCACAAUUAUCUAAAUUGAAGCUGUCAGAUCGCCUUUUCCUUGAAGCUGAUUUAUUCCCUGAAGAACAGUGUGUUGGCGAAUUGAUAGAGAAAAAGAUGUCCGAGCAAUUGGAAAAUCUGGUAGCAAGAGAAUUUAAAAAGGACUUUGCUCAGUCAGCCUCUGCCGAUGUGGAUAAAACAGCUUUAUUCGAUAAUUAUCAACCUCAAAUAUCAGCAGGAAACGCUACAGAGCUUCAUUCUAGUAAAGGAUGGACGUCAAAAGAAACUCAGACGCACAAUUCAGACUCUAGCAUGUUUGCUGCUUCAAACCCAGCAGAGAUCACUACCUCCAAGUUUGAGGUGGCAGCAGCAGAAGCAGACCUUGACAUGCUUCUUGACUCACUGAGCAAAACCAAGCUUUCUAAUGCUUCUGUAGAUGAACCUGGUUCUUCAAGAAAUGCAACCACAAGUCCAAUUGACGAUACCAUGGAUAGUUUGCUUGCCACAACAUCAUCCUUCGUCCAGGAACAGAAAACUCAAGCAAGCACAACCAAGCAGGGAUCAGUCCUCAUUAGUAAUCGUCCUUCUCAUGUUCUUGGUGCUACAUUAGACGGAGGGGCUAAUUCCUUGAGAACAGGUGCGAAACUUACACUCGAUGACAACAUUGAUGAUUUGCUUGGGGAGACUUCUAUUUUUGUGAAGAACCAAAAGCCUCGCCUCCCUCAUGGACCAUCUUCAGGUUCCAAGCCCCUAGAUGAUUUCGAUUCAUGGAUUGACACCCUUUGAAUCAGAAUCAGAAUCAGAAGCAAAUUCCAAAAGAAAUACUUCGCAUCUUGAUAUGCUACUCUUCUUCUUUCACUUUGAAGAAAAAUUUUUCCACCCACCUGUAAGAUGGAAUUGGUACAUUCAGUGUUAGGAUAGUUGCGAAAUUAGGACACUGAUUUAUAUUAUUCAAGGUAGUCAAAGUUUGGCGAAGGGUAAAAGUUUUUUCCACUUAAUCUCACAACCCUGCCAUUGCCAUGAAUGAUCUCACCCAGAAAACUUCUGUACCUGAAAGCUGGGCCUGAUGCGUUUGAAGGAUCGAUGUUAAGGUUGAAGUGCAAACAAAAUUGAGCAUCAAAUGAGUACAAUACAAAAGCUCUAUCUUUUGGUUGGUGCAUAUGCCUGUACCAUAUUCUUUAUCAAGCGUUUUCCUUUGUUGAAGUUUCCUGUCAUAUUAAAUUCAGUGAUGAGUUGCAGGAAACUUAUGCGGAUUGCAACCGAUGAUGUCAUGCAACAAAUUUUUUGACUACGGCGAGCUGAUUGAAGAAGCUGCUGAUGGAUGUCGGUCUUCUGCCUUUGCCUGCUCGUGUUUUCUGCUCGUCCUCUCGCUGGAUGCUUUACCUUUACACUGCUGACUAACGACGACCCGUCGAGUUGACUCUGGAGUCGAUGCUUGGCCAGACACUACUGUCGUAGAAGUCAACGGAAAUCCAUCGAAAUUUCGGAUGCAUAUUUUUUAUUUUGAUUAUUCAAGUGUUCAGUUUUAAAUAUUCGUCAAUAUUUGAAUUCUGUUAGUUUCCAAAUCAUCUUGUGCUACAAUUGAAUUGUAAUUCGGAAUUUUAUUUUUUAUAUAAAUAUCCAAGAGGGGCGAAAUGGUCAUUACAGCCAAA